AUGUCAGGCGUGUGGAUAUUCGGCAAAAACGGCGUCGCUCGACUGAUCAGCUACCCAACCAGGGAAUCCUUCGAGCAAAAAGAGCCACCGUACCCGGGCACCGCCACCGCGCCGGGGGCUCGUCCCCGGGUCCUCGUCUACCUCCCAGCGAAUCAGGUUAUACGGUCUUACGCCGAUCUCGAGCUGCGACUCGGAGAACUCGGCUGGAGCCGGUACCACAACUCAGACAGGCCUGACCUCCUCCAGUUCCACCGCUCAAACGCUUCCGCUCACCUCAUUUCCUUGCCCGCCAACUUCGCCAACCUCAAGCCUCUUCAUAUGUACGAUAUCGUCGUCAAGAAUCGCUCUUUUUUUCAAGUUCGGGAGUUCUCGUCGGAGAAAACAGUGCUAGAUUGUGAUGUUGAUGAUGAUGAUGAUGAUCACCAAUCGUCUUAA